ACGUCUUUUCUGCGGGAUCGCAAGAUGGAUGCGCCCAUGAAGUCAACAUCGCACAACGUGUGAAACUGAAAAGUAAUGUUUUUUAAGACUAUUCGAAACAAAUGGAAACAGUAUAAGUUCCGGUUUAUACCGUGGAUUGCUCUUAAUCUAAAAGACAGGAGUGUGAGAUCAGUUGCUCCCAGUGAAAAAGAUAAACUAUUUAACGACUCACAAGUAGAACAAUUUCUCUUGCACUUUUUUGAAAAUCUUGAAAAAGUAAGACAAUCAAAUGCUCAGACCUCAGAUGAUGGCGAUUUGUGGAAACCUCAGAAACUCACCAAGGAAGAACAGUACCUACAACACAGAAAUAACUUAAGAAUGAUGGAGGAUUGUGUUGGCUUCAUUGUAGAAAGAAAGCAAAGUUUGAUACCUGGAGGUGGAACAGGUGUGUUUGUGACAAAGGGUCAAGUACCAAAAGGAACAGUGGUGUCCAUGUACCCUGGCACUUUGUACAGGCUUGGGGAACCUAUCCUGUUACAGAGCCUGGCUAACCCAUUCAUAUUUCGCUGUAUUGAUGCUGUCCUAAUUGAUGGAAAUGAUAAGAAUAUUUCUAAAUCCAUUUAUAUAUCAUGUGGUCAGCGAGACAGACAUGGACCUUACUUGACCUGUGACCUGUCCUGGGUUACACAAUAUCCCAUCAAUCCAUUGGCUGUUGGACAGUAUGUGAACAACCAAUCAAAACUGUUUCCAGCUAAUGUGGCCUACCAGGAGUUUGACAUCCCUCUGCAGUUUCCCUUCCACUUAAGGAAAUAUAUCCCUAACAUCAACUAUAGUUCAUCUAUACAGGAGAUUUCAGGACAGCACAGGCAGACAAGAGUUGUGGUUCUUGUGUCACUGAGGACGAUUGAAGAAGGGGAAGAACUCUUCUCAAGUUAUUUUACUGUUGUACAUUGAUAGUGUGUUAUGACUGAAAUAAAAAAAAA